GCGGUGACGCGUGCGGGAGGCGGAGCGUCAUACAGGAAGAAGCGUCUCUUCAGUCAAACCUGCGCUCGCAUCGCAUCCAUAUUCAGAGAUGUACCAACAUCACCUCUGGCGCGCGUUUACUCUCCUCUAUCUGCCGUUUUUAGGAAGCGCCAUUGAUUUUAAAACGCGGACGGGACCGCGAGUGACGGACAAGGUGUUUUUUGACAUCACUGUCGGAGGACAUGAGGUUGGCAGGAUCGUGAUUGGUCUGUUCGGAGAGGUUGCUCCGCUGACCGUGCAGAACUUUGUGGCUCUUGCCACAGGAGAGAAGGGUUAUGGGUACAAAGGCAGCAAGUUCCAUCGGGUUAUCAAGGACUUCAUGAUCCAAGGAGGCGAUUUCACCACUGGAGACGGAACAGGAGGUAAAAGUAUCUAUGGAAACACGUUUGCUGAUGAGAACUUCAAGCUCAAGCAUCUGGGCCCAGGUUGGGUCAGCAUGGCGAACGCCGGAUCCGACACCAACGGCUCGCAGUUCUUCAUCACCUUAGCCAGAGCGCCGUGGCUAGACGGAAAACACGUGGUGUUUGGCAAAGUCUUGGAGGGGAUGGCUGUGGUUCACACCAUCGAGCUCCAGGACACGAACGAUCGUAACCUGCCCUACACCGAGUGUGUGAUUGUCAACAGCGGCAAGAUCAAGGUCAAAGAGCCGUUCGUGGUGGAAGUGGAGGGAUGGUGAAGCGUCAGUUGUCUCUGAUUUCUGUGUUCAUAUAUUCAUAUCUGCUGACGGUCGAGUCGUGCUGUGACUGUGUUUGUCCAUCUUAUCGUCAUUAGAUUCUUCUCUUACUAUGCAGCCACUUUGGUAUGUUUCUUUUCUACAGAGAAAUCACACGAUCAUACAUGUGUAAUGGCCAAAUGUGUGGGUUCACACUCACACUCACUGUGCAGCACUUUAUCAUGCUGCAGGAUGGUUUACUGCAGAAAUCAAACACACAUGCGUUCAUUACGAUCCUACUAGUGCCAUAAGACACACAUACUUGAACUUUGUUUGAAAUCUAUACUAUUUCAAUUAAGAUCUAGAAACAAAUAAGCUAUUAGACUAAGCUGUUUUUAUUUUAAGAUGUACAUAUGGGUUAUUUUAACCUUGUCUUGCAUUCAAAUUUAGAAACUAAACCAACCACUUAUUAGAUCCUAGCGGUUUCAUUACAUAUAGUUUCAAUGGUAUUUAAUAAUUAAAGAAAGUUUAAUAAUCAACCAUAUCAUUUAUAUCAGUUACAGCUUGCUAAACACAAAUCUGUUUAACAUCAGCUCAUUUUACUUCUGUACUGUGGUGUAUUUCAGAAUGAAACGAAAUAUUUAACGAGCAGCUGAUUGGAUGGUGAAAAGCGUUUCAUUCACAUGAAUUAAAGGAGAAGUCCACUUCGAGAACAAAAAUUGACAGAUAAUAUACUCACCCCUUGUCAUCCAAGAUAUUCAUGUCUUUCUUUCUUCAGCCGUAAAGAAAUUAUUUUUCUCCAUAUAAUGGACUGCUAUGGUGCCCCGAUUUUGAAUUUCCAAAAU